CGGGUACAGGUUGAAUACACGGCGACAAAGUAACUCUAGCAAUAGCUGAGAGUAAAUGGCGAGAAGUUAUAGUUUAAUGGUGCAAGUCCGCGUAGACUUUAGCGCUUAACUUAUGUGUUUGUAACCUUUCACUUUUGGGACUGCGGAUCAUUUAAAAGCUUUUUUUUUUAAAACCAAGGAAUGUCUUUUUAUUCCCAGAAUGGAGUUGAUUCGCUUCCCCGGCAUUGUUCUGCGACGGACAGUAAUGUGGAGUACAUAAAACCUUAGAGGAAUCCGACGCACUUUGUUUUUUAUUUAUUUCUUUAGACGCACUUUAAGUUGCAAACAGUUUUAACUCUUGCGUGGGUAUUUUGUAUGCUGUUUCCUCUCCUCAAAAUGGAUAUUACAGUGUCUGAAAUGAUGUCUAACUUCAUGGAUUCGCCGCUUGUGGUUUGGGUCAAGACUUUUGGACCCCUUGGGUCCAAUUCAGAAGACAAGCUCUCUAUGUUCAUGGAUUUAGUGGAUGGUGUUUUCCUCCAUAAGAUAAUGACACACAUAGACCCAAGCCCCAUGAAUCAGCGAGUGAACAAACAAGUCAACAACGAUGUCAACCUGAGAAUACAGAACCUCAACACUGUCAUCCGACAUAUCAAAAGCUACUACCAGGAGAGUCUUCAGCAGCUCAUCGUCAUGAACCUGCCCAAUGUUCUGACCAUCGCCAAGGACCCAUUAUCAGGUAAAAGCAUGGAGGAGGUGAAGAGACUGCUGUUGCUAAUACUGGGCUGUGCUGUUCAGUGUGAUCGUAAAGAAGAAAUUAUUGAGAAGAUCAAGCUGCUUGACAUUGAGACACAGGCUACCAUCGUAACUCAUAUUCAAGAAGUAACUCACAACCAGGAGAAUGUUCUGGACCUGCAGUGGAUGGAGGUUGAGGAGAUUCCUGCUGAGCAGUUGGACCCUCUGUCUCGGACCAUGGCCUUUCACCUACGUAAACUCAUAGACGAGCGAGAUGAGUCUGCUGAGCUGAUCAUAGAGCUGACACAGGAAAGGGACUAUCUUCAGUCCCAGCAGCCUUCCGGUCUCUUUGGUUUUUCUAGCCCUGAGCGCACCUCUCUAUCCCCCGUCACCCUACUGUCUAAAGAAGAUCGUCAGCAUUUAGCUGUGGAACUGGCUGACACAAAGGCCAAACUGCGGCGCUCCCGCCAAGAGUUAGAGGAGAAGACGGAGCAUUUGACUGAUACCAAGAAUGAGAUUGAGCGCCUGGAUGCAGAGAUUCAGAAACUCAAGCAGGAGAACAUGCAGUUGCUGACAGAGGCACGUUCGGUGCGGGUGUACCGUGAUGAGGUGGAUGCUUUAAGGGAACGUGCUGGAAAAGUGGAUCGUCUGGAAACGGAACUGGUUCGCUGCAAAGAGAAGCUAAACGAUGUCCAUUUCUACAAGACACGCAUAGAGGAACUAAGAGAGGACAAUAUGACUCUGUUGGAGACAAAGUCAAUGCUGGAGGAGCAGCUAACUGGGGCUAGGGGGCGCUGUGACAAACUACACGAGCUGGAGAAAGAGAACCUUCAGCUGCGCUCCAAAUUGCACGAUAUGGAAAUUGACAGGGACAGUGAUAAGAAACGGCUGGAGGAAUUGCUGGAAGAGAACAUGUUGCUGGAGAUCUCUCAGAAACAAAGCAUGAAUGAGUCGGCUCACCUUGGCUGGGAAUUGGAGCAACUGUCCAAGAACAAUGAGGUCAAUGAAGCCCGUAAGUCAUUUGUGUUUGAGCUGAAUGAGUCCACAUCCAGCCAACUGUUGAAGCUGGAGAAGGAGAACCAAUGCCUUCAAAGCACAAUCCAGGAGUUAAGAGAAGCCUCCAUCAACCUGGAAGAAGGUCAGCUGCAUACAUUGGAGCUGGAAAAAGAGAACCAGAGUCUUAGCAAGAAGUUGGAGCGUCUGCAAUCCCAAUUGGACCAGGAAAAACAGACAACUCAGGACAUGGAGAACCUUGGAGAUGAGCUACUGACGGAGAAACAGAGACUGGAGAAAACUCUAGAAACAAUUCAGGCUGAGAAAGACAGACAGAUCUCAGAGUUGGAGCAGGAGAAGGAGCACCUGACCCAGGCGGUGAGCUCCCUCCGGAAUCGUGCUCAGGUGAACAGUGAGGCUCGUGUGAGAGAGGUGGAGACUGAAAACCGCGUUCUCCACCAGACCAUCUCUGAAACCGGUGGUAAACUUGCUCGCCUGGAGUCUGAGAAACGGCAGGCAACUAAAGAGCUAGACUCCCUCCGUGAACGAGCAGAGCGCUGUGAGGAGAUGGAAAAGGAGGUAGCACGUCUGGAGCGAGUCCGAGAGCAGCUACAGCGGGAAGCCGCCUCCUUAAAGAUUGGCAGUGAGCGUGUCGAGGCCCUGGAGUGUGAGAAUGCUACUCUGGAAAAAGACAAUCGCCGGCUGAAGAAGCUGGCUGACACGGCGCAGAACGCCAGCAUGCGCUUGGCUGUUCUGGAGAAGGAUCACCAGCAACUUGAGGAGGAGAACCUGGUGCAGAGGCGUGCGUUGGAGACCCUGCGGCCGGCAGCUGCUCGCCUGACACAACUACAGCAGGAACAUGCCGAACUAGAGCGGGAACACGAGGAGAUGUGCCGCACUUUGGAGGAGCUUCGCUCCCAAGCCAAGAGGAGCGAAAGAUUGGAGAUGAGCUACGGCAGUCUGAGCCAGGAAAACCAACGGCUCCAACAGACUCUGGACAACAGCGCCACCAAGAUCCAGAGUCUAGAGGGCGAGCUGAGGCAGAAUGAGGCGGAGAAGAAAGAUCUACACCGAGAGUUAGAGGGCUUGAAGCAUACUUUAACAUUGGCGGAAGCAGUUGAGAAGGAGAAGAGAGGAAUGGAGCAGGAAUUGGGCCAGGCAGAGAAGGAGAAGAAGCAGCUGGAGAAGGAGACGCGUAGGUUGAAGCAGCAAUUGGAGACGAAGGAGACAGCGCUGGAGGAGAACUGCCUCAGGCUGGCCAGCAUGGAGAAAGAAAGCACGGCUCUCAAUAAAGAGUUAGGCCGCCUUAAAGAGGCUGCAGGGAGACUCAAAGAGCUGGAGAGAGAGUACAAAGACCUGCAGAAACAGGCCACCAUGGAUAAGAAGACUCUGGCCACACUAAGAGAGGAGCUGGUGAAUGAGAAGUUGAGAGUGCAGCAACAGAGUAAUGAAUUGGAAAAGCUGAGUCACGAGCUGGAGAAGAUCGGCUUGAAUCGAGAGAGACUCCUACAGGAAGAACACAGCUGUGAAGACAAUAAAUAUAAGAUCCUGGAGACAAAGAUUGAGUCGGCACUGAAGAAAACUCUAGAACUUAGAGAAGAUAAGAUCCAGAGACUGGAGUCUCGCCUGGAGGAGAGCAGAAGCUUAAACCAGCAACUUCGCACUGAACUCACCACUGUGAAAAGGAACCUUGAGGCCCUUAAGCAAAGGCAAGAAGAGGAAGCGGCUCACUCUGAUAUCUCCCAGCAGGCUUUGGGGCAGGCUAGAUCAAUCCCAGAUAAAGAGAAGUGGGAGACUGAGCAGAGGGAGGCCACAGCUGAACUCCUCAAGAUGAAAGACAGACUAAUCGAUGUUGAGAAGAAUAACGCUGCCCUGCAGACAGAGAAACAUCUUCUGAAGGAGCAGCUGAAGCAGUUAGAUUCCCAGAAUGCACAGCUCAACGCACAAACACUAGCCCUGCAGAAACAGGCUGCGUCUUUACAAGAGCACAACACCUCUCUUCAUAAAGAAACUGCCAAACUGCAGGUGGAAAAUUCGACCCUGAUCUCCCAGAGCUCCUCUCUCAUGGCUCAAUAUGGAGCUUUACAGGCCCAGCUGCAAACUAUGGAGUCGGAGGUUGAGACUCUUCAGAAACAGCGCGAGGAGGUGUGUGCAGCCCGAGACCGAGUCACGCAGGACCACGAGCGCCUGCUCAGCGUACACGACAGGCAGGCGACCGAGUACGAGCAGUUCAUCGCCCAACACGCAGCGCUGAAAGGCAGCCUGAGAGCUCUGGAGCAAGAACACCGCACGCUGGAGAGCAAAUAUACGGUUAUCCUGAAGCAGAAGGACGCUAUGGAGGCGCUGGAAGCGUCACAACACAGGGACAGAGAGAGACUGGGGGAAGAAAUUCACAAGAACACUCUAAUUCUGGGGGAGAACCACAGUUUAAGGGAACAAGUGGACAGAAUGUCACAGAAUCACACACAGCUGAAGCGGGAGUAUGACAGCCUGCAACUGCAGACCAAAGAACUAAAGACUUCUCUGAAUGAGUCUCAGCUGGAAUUGAACCGAUGGCAGGCACGUUAUGACCAACUGAAGGAACAGCAUCAGGGCCUGGACAUCUCAAUGACCAAACUGGACAACCAUUGUGAGCUGCUAACCCGUUUGAAGGGAAACUUGGAGGAGGAAAACCAUCAUCUUCUCAGUCAGAUCCAGAUGCUUAGUCAACAAAACCAGACCCUACUGGAGAGAACCAUGGAGAGCAAAGAACUUUACCAUGAAGAACAGAAGCAAUACAUUGAUAAGCUGAAUUCAUUACGACGACAGAAGGAGAAAUUGGAGGAGAAGAUCAUGGAUCAGUAUAAGUUCUAUGACCCGACUCCUAAAAAGAGCCGUCACUGGGCUGGAGCCAAAGCAAUAGCAAAAUUCAUGAAACCUAAGAAAGAAAGUUCACGAGAACGGGUGGAUGGUCCACGUGAGAGGGUCCGAAGCGCUCCUGACAUCCCUCUUCCAGAGAUCCCCACAUGCAUAGACUGUCCUGAGAGCAUGCCACCCCUUCCCCCUCCACCACUGCCCCCCAGACAGUCACGUCUCAGUCAGGACUCCAUGAACGGUCACUCCGCUGAGGAGAAUCACACACAGUCUCCCAUCCUCUCACCAGCCCUUAACGGCCGAGUGUUGAACGACUCCAGAGGCAGAGAGGGCUAUCACUCAGUUGGCGGCAGUAUUGAGGGCAUGAACGGGUAUGAGGAACUGGUCCGAUGGAAGGGCAGGGAGCCAGGAGCCACCUGUUCAACUCCACUGAGUCGCAACUCCCAUAAUGCACCAGGCUUCACGUCCUCUUCUAGCUUGCGGCCGGGACGCAGGCCAAAGGGGUUGCUCUCAGAGGAGGACUUGCGCCAUCAUUCCCCAGAUGCUGGCUUUGGCAGCGGUGUCCAUGGAAACACAGGCCCGCGGCCCAGUUCUGCCGAAUUUAGCCGCAACACCUCCAGCAGCAAUUCCCCCAUCAGUUCUAAAGGUUCUCUGGACUGUCUUCAGGGUCGAUCUGCCAGUCUGUCAAGCGAUGAUGUCGUUGGACUGGGUCAUGAGGGUUCACGUCUCAGUCAGUUGUCUCUGAUUCCUCGUAGCUCCACCCUUCCCUGUGAUGCCACACCUGCUUCACGCCUCUCCCAGCGGCCCACUUCUCGCCGCCCGUCCUCUCCUGGGAGCGAGAUGGUUACCUUGGAGCAGUUCUUGCAGGAGAGCAAUGCCCUGUCCCCACCAACUGUGCAGACAGGAAGUCGAGAGGAUCUGAUGACUGAUUUCUUCACCAGAUCCACUCGACCCGUCCCUCUGCGAGAGGGCGCUAAAACUCCCACCAAUUAUGUCACUCCAACCAUCAAGAAUACUCCACCAGAACUAGAUGGUCGGGCCUCUAAACCUGGACACAGUGUCAAACCAAGCAUUCGUCUCACAGAAACCUCCACACCUCCAUCUCAGUCGCAAACCCUUCCCAACCGAGGAGCAGGACUGCGACCCUCACCUCUGCAGCAGUCCAAUCCUCGCACCAGCCUGAGCCGAACGUUCAGCCUGGCCUCGGCAGACCUCCUCCGCUCCAACGGACCAGACAGCUAUCGCACCGAGGCCAGUUCUCCCAGCCAAAACGACGUGGUGUUGAGGAGGUCUGGCGCAGUCGCCAGAGAAAGACCCGUGUCCGCUAGGCUGGCUGGAUCCUCGCCUCUACCUGGAGACCCAGGGCACCUGUCCGUGGACCCCCGUCGCCUAUCUCUUGCUCCACCGAGAGAUGAAUUGUCCCUGUCUUGUCCGCCCCCAAUGCACUCCUCUUCUACAUCGCUGCAGGCUGAACGGGAAUACGUUGGGAGUGCCAGUAGCCGGGCUGGAGCGGUCCGUUCCGGACCUGCUCAAACCCGAGCGCUGCCCCACCGUGGUGAGGUGGCCAUGGUGACUCCGGUGCGAGCUGUGUCAGCAUUGAGGCUGAAGGAUUUGGAAGAGGAACCCCAAGAACAAAGGCAGGUAGAGUCGCCUCUACUGAAGAAAACAGACACUGCGGACUUGAGCUGUACCGCCAAGGAGGACCCCACCAGCAAACCUGCUUCUCCUGACCCCAACAAUGACCCUCAGACUGUGUGGUAUGAGUACGGCUGUGUGUAGAACCUCAGACUUGGGGAAGAAACAUGUUUGACGUAUGAAACUGCACUGUGAAUCUUGGAGGCUGGUCACGUCCUUCCAUUCUCCAUUUCUUCAGGUGCUUCAAAGGCACCAGGUGCAUCUGAGGGUCUUGCACACGUUCACACUGACCUGGAAACGAAUGUAUGGGGCACUUGAAUGUAUUUUUCCCCUUCGUAUCAAAUCGAAUGCCUUUGAUUUCCGCAGCUCCAUGGCAGGCCAGUUCACGUUCUAUUCUGAAUGUGGAAACCAAACGUUGGGCUGUGUGCUCGGAGCCACUCCCAGCUUAAUUACUGAGUAGCGACUGCAUCCAUCUUUAGGAGGCGCAGGACAGUUGCAGUUCCAUCACCAAGACAGCCUCACAGGGACCCGUUACGGGAAGCGGCCUCUCUCUCUCUCGCUCGCUCCCUGCUGACAGACCAAACAAUCUGCUCUUUUUUGCUUCUUGUGGGUGACCAUGUAUUUGCUGUGGGACCUGGGUGUGGCUCAGACUCUGUUCAGAGGCAAGAGGACAACACAGACCCAGAAAGAGAGAGACAGGCACACAGGAGAAGUCAAUAGGACAAAGAAAGCACCUAAGGUGGAACACUGUUUAAGGGAAGUUGGAAUUUAGAGUACUGGACACAUUGCCCUGUUUCACGCAAGCCUUUGGGGUUGCACUAAAGAGAAUCUAAAGCUCAGUUUGGUGUUUUGUUUUUCUGACACACUCAUUUUAUAACACUGCACUUCUGUUCAAAUGACCAGAAGUUCUUUAAUUGGUUUAUUUAUUAAUGUCUUUGAGACAAUUAAACAACACUUGUUUGUGUGGUUGUUUUAAUGUGCGUGUACGCCUAAUUUUCCAAGAUUUUUUGUUUUGCGUGGUUGUUGGUCAAGUCUGAUGAUGUUCUAUACUGGAAGAAUGGACUAGUCUGAUUGUAAUUUUGUUUUUUCUUAAGUGAAGCAUGUAGGAUCCCUCAAUCAUGUCACCAAUCUAGUGUUCUUUGUUCCCUGUCAGUGGUGCUUUUCUGCCAUCUCAUUUCACCAUCUCCAACUUCUCAUGGUCAAGAGCUGGUCACCGUUGGAGAUGGUGGAUCUUCAUAGAAAUAUAUUUGGAGAAAGCAUUCACACUGGAUGUGUAAAUAUAAGGAAAGUCUUCUGUUUGAGUGUGCACGACUACUGGUUAAAUGAUUUUAGAUUUACAACUGUUUUAUACACUACUGCACAUGAACAUAGAUCAUUAACUGUAAGAUAUGAUGUGUGUAGAUACCCUAACAACCUUUUACACUUAUUGUAAAAUUUAUUGUGAAUGAUAGAAGCCUGUUUAGAGAAAGCUGUUGUCCAAAACCUAAACUCUUUGUAAUAAAGCUUUUUUUAAAAACAA